CUUGCAAGUGUUCCUGUCACACUGGGUGCUGCGGGUUAGGGUUGUGACUUCCAAGUUCAGUCCAGUAGCGAUCAUGGAUGAAAAUCAGAUUCAACCAGAUGCUAGUGGUGUUGCGGACCAAGACACUGAAGAACUCACGGGUAUGGCACGAGAAGAGGCGAUUAUUGCACAGCAAGAACGCAUUCAGAACGAGAUCAAAGAAAACUGCCCAUUGGUCAGUGACAGGUAUCCCAUCAGUGUCCUAUUUGAUGAAUACCUUGAUGACGCUGUCUAUAAAGCCAAGAUUGAAGAUUUAUCAAUGCAGUAUUCACACAUCAGGAAAACCCGAGGUGAUGGUAAUUGCUUCUUUAGAGCGUUUGGUUUUGCCUAUCUAGAGAGGCUUCUCACCGAUAAAAAGGAAUUAAAAAGACUUAAAACAGCUGCUGAAAUGAGUAAGGACCAACUUGUAUCCCUUGGCUUUCCCUCGUUCACUAUCACAGAUUUCCAUGAAACGUUUAUGGAGGUCAUUCAACAAGUGGAACAACAACCUGAAGUGGAUGAGCUGGUGGAUACUUUCAGGGACCAAGGAAUCAGCGAUUACAUUGUGGUCUACUUGAGGUUACUGACGUCGGGUCAGCUCCAGCAGAAUGCCGAAUUCUACGAGAACUUCAUUGAGGGGGGGAGGACAGUCAAGGAGUUCUGUCGUCGGGAAGUUGAACCAAUGGCCAGGGAAAGCGAUCACAUUCACAUCAUUGCGUUGACUUCUGCCCUGGAUGUCGGAGUUCGCGUCGUCUACCUUGACAGGGGAGAAGGGGGAAAAGUCAUCCCCCACGAUUUCCCCGACGGCUGCUCUCCACAGGUUGUUCUCCUGUACAGACCAGGGCAUUAUGAUGUACUCUACCCACUUAAGGGCUCAUAGUGACCCAUCCUUGGGGUCAUGGAUCAGGAGUCAGAGUUUGUGGAACUGCUGGACAGAGCACCAAGGCAUAGUAAUUUUUUUCACGAUACACCAAUCAACAGUGCUCAGUAGUGCUUUGUUGAAGCAGUUUUAUACGUAUCACAGUGGUUGGUGACAUUUUCCAUUUAUGCUUUAUGAAAUUAGUUUCUCAGGCUGUUUCAGUUUCUCAAGCGGACUUUACUGGAAUCAAAUUGCUUCACCAAACUUGUAACUUACAAAGUUUGCUCGAGUUGGUGCUGACACACUUCAGCCAAAUUUGCGGUACUGUGUUGGGUUUGCAAGCUGGCUUUUUCCUAUAAUUUGUGCACAGAGUUACAGGAUGUUUUGAGGUUUUUAGAGAAAGAAAUAGGUCACACUCUAAGGUGAGUAAAUUUAAUCAACUGGCUGAUGGUUCUGAUAAAUGCCAUUAAACAACUCUGGCUUUGCAAUGCAAUUUAAUGCUCCAAUGCUUCAUGUCAUGCCUUGUAUGUAUUAGCUACUGUAGAAUUUGGUUAAGUAUUGUUUGUGUUUUCCUGGUCUUGUUUUUUUUUUUACUAAUGGUGGUCUACUUGUGUAAUGAAAAUCACACUGUGGAUAUAUGUGUCCAAGUCACUCUUACAGGAAGUUGUUUAGAUUAAGAAGUCGUUGCACAGGGGCCGUUGCACCAGUGGUUGCAGAGAGACUGAAACAUGCUGUGGCGAGCAAACCAUGCCAAGAUGCCGUGGCUUUUUGCUCAUUCAGACGAAAAAGCACCUUCUGUGUGUAAACCAGCUUGUGCACAUGUUAUGUUUCAUGCGACAAAUGCAAAGUGCCAUCCACUACUCCAGCAGGGUUUGCAACCAGCCGCUGAGUGGUCUUUGCCACAGUUCCUUUGCUUCCUCAGUGUUGUUUCAGUCGGGGCAUUGGAUGUUCAAUUCUGUAUUUUGAAUACUUUACCACUGAGCUUCUGCAACUUUUUUAGUGCAAAGAUCCUUGGCACUUGUUUCAAAUAUAUUAAAUAGAGGGAUUUCACAUUAGCGCCGUUUGCGCAUAUCCGCAUCGAAACCGAGGCACUCUGUGCUGAACUUCGUCACGUGCACCCGCAGAGUAAACACAGUACAUGCAAUAUCCGGUUUGUAAGUAUGAUGCCACUUCAGUUUAAACCACGCCCACUGCACAUGCAGAUAC